AUGGCUGAUGAGGCAAAGGUGAUCCGGGUAGAUAGCGAAAUUUCAAUGACGAUGCAGAAGCCUACCAACAGCGAUGCAGAUUCAGUUGAAAUCGAGGAAGUGGCUGACGGUGACCAACAUGUCACUGUCGGGGAACAUGGGGACGAUAAUGGCUGUACUAUCACAGAUGAAGAGGUGGCUCAACGAUUAGAUGAUAUACAACAAUGGAAAGCAGAACUUUUAGCCGAAGAGAACAAAUUACUAAGCAGGAAUGUAUCUGCUAAUAACACUCCAGGUGUAUCUUCCAAGCCAUCAGAAACUUCCAAUAGAAGUUCGAGUUUGCCACUGGACCAACAUGUCCAUGGUGGUGAGGUCAGUUCUCCACCAGUUCCAAGCAUGCCAAGUGUAUAUAGUACUGUCGGAGCUGUUGGUCCCAUUAUGUCCGCACAUGCUCCGCUAGUUGUCAGUACUCCGAGGAGUUUGCUGAAUUUUGUAACCUGUGUAAAUACCAGACCUGUAAAUACUGUUACUAAUACUUUUGCUGCAGCUGUAAAUAGGAAUACCAGCCAGGAAUACCAAAGAAAUUCCAAUCCUGCCACUAUUCGGGAUCCAGCUGGCCCACAUGUGAUGUCCAACCCUGGGUUGCAUAGAAGUCAUCCCAAUGAAAUUCCACUUGUACAACAGACACCACUUUUGCCUGUUUCCGCUAUGCAACCCCUAUCCCGCAAAGAACACAAGGUCCGUCCAUAUAACGGUACCUCCAGUUGGCGAACAUUUAAGUUUUCAUUUGAUACCAUUGCCGAUAUCAACGGUUGGGAUGACCAACGGCGUGCGGUCGAACUUCUAACAUGCCUUGAAGGGGACGCCCAAAAGGUUUAUGAAAUUAUCGAACCGUCGCGCAAGCUAGACUACCAUUAUGUGUCUAGUUGCCUAAAUGACUUGUAUAAUCCCAAUCACCAAGAAGAGAAAUAUCGCAACCAGUUGAGAAAAAGGCUGAAAAAGAAGGGCGAGAGUGUUAACUCUCUCGGCUAUGACAUUUUACGUCUUGCAAAUUUAGGGUAUGGUCAUUUGCCAGAGGCCUCUCGUGACCAACUAGCUCUUGAUGCUUUCAAACAUGCUUUAAAAACUACUGAUAGCCAAAUGAGCUAUCAUAUAUUUUCUAAAGCUCCAACCACCAUGAGAGAAGCCAUAGAUUCAGCCUUACAGAUGGAAGGCUAUGCUGAAGAUACAGUCGUGCCUAUCCGUGCGACUAUUGCCGCUACCAGUGAUACUGCUCAGUCAUCCGAGCCUGAUCAAUUGACACCAUCUGCAUUCAAGGACCUAGCUGUGAGACUUACUCAGUUCCUUGAUCGAAAACCUGCUUCAGAUAAACGAUGUUUCUACUGCAACAUUCAGUUUCACCAGGUCGCCCGAUGCCGCAUCAAGAAGGAUGAUGUGGAGAAAGGUCGCAUAAGUGCUGAUCAUCGAGGGAAGCGACCUGAACAUCUAUGGCCCAGUUCCAGUAAAGUUUCUUUAAACCAGAACGGAGUGUCUCAAUAG